AUGGAGCUGGUGGUCGGCGGUUCCCGAGCUACCAUGGGGUCCCUCCUGUCAAAGCUUGGCAGGCUUCUCUCCGACGAGUACACCCUGAUUAGGGGCGUCGAGGGUGACCUCCAAUACAUCAACGACGAGCUCGCCACCAUGCAGUCCUUUCUCCGGGCCUACGAUGGAAGCCACGGCGACCUGAUGAAGGACUGGAUGAAGCAGAUCCGCGACAUCACCUACGACAUCGAGGACUGUAUCGACGACUCCGGCAAUCGCAUCCGCGGCCUGCGCAUCAGCAUGCGCUGCUACUGCCUCGUCAAUGGCGUCUACGAGAUCUUCACUUGGUGGACUCGCCGCGACAUCGCCUCGAAGCUGUCUCUCCUGAAGAUGCGGGCGCAGCAGAUCGGCGAGAGACGAGAAAGGUAUGGCGUCUUCAAUGCAGCGGAGUCUGGCGCAGGCGAAGUCCAUGCCGGCAGCAAGGCCCCUGGGUUUGAUGUUGCCGACAACCAGGCCCCUGGCCUGCUUCAGCUUGUCACCACAAGAGAACCCGUUGGAGUUGAGGAUCUCAUGAAGAAGCCCCACAAGCGGGUGACUUGCAUUGUGGGGUUCGGAGGCGUGGGGAAGACCGCCAUCGCCACCACCUUGUACAGGAACGCCGGGCAGGAGUUCGGCCAUCGAGCCGUGGUGACGGUGUCUCAGAGCACCGACCUGGAGGCCAUUCUCAGGAACAUUAGGGAUCAAGUCAAGCUGCUUACCAGCAAUCACGAGCAGCAGGACAGGUCAGAGAAGAAGAACAGCUUCGUCACAGCAGCUGUCAAAGGCGUACUGGGUCAGGUCAGCCGAGGCUCGUCAUCCGUCAUGGCGGCCAUAUGCUGCAGACCCAGCAACGCCGAUCAAGAACGUGAGAUUGAUAUACUCAAGCAAGACAUCGCGAAGCACCUGAACGGAAACCGGUACUUGGUCUUAAUUGAUGACGUAUGGUCUCAGUCGUUGCUGGAUACAAUUAUAAAUGCACUUCCAAAUGAUGAGAAUAGCAUAAUAAUAGUUACUACACGGUUUCAUGAUGUUGCUACAACACAAAGAGAAGCCGACAUUCGUUCAGUUCAUGGUCUAGUGGAAGAGAAAUCCAAGAACUUAUUUAUACAGGCCUACAAUGAGUCCAAAGGAAGCAAAGGUGUUACUACACGGCUUCAAACUCCUACUCCAACAGCUAAGAGCAAAGAAGAGUCGUCUAAGAAAGCUGCCUCUGAAACUGAAGAUAGCAAAUAUGGUCACAACCCUGCAGAAUCAUCUAAGCAAGCCGCCUCUGAGUCUGAAGGAAGAAAAGAUGGUCACAAGAACCCUGCAGAGUCAUCUAAGCAAGCCCCCUCUGAAUCUGGUGGAAGCAAAAAUGGUCACAGCCCUGCAGAGUCAUCCAAGCAAGCCGCCUCUGAGUCUGAUGGAAGCAAAAAUGGUCACAACCCUGCAGAGUCAUCCAAGCAAGCCGCCUCUGAAUCUGAAGGAAGCAAAGAUGAUCCAUUUCCAGAGCAAGUCUGGAAGAUUUGUGGGGGGCUGCCAUUGGCCAUAAUUACCAUGGCUGGUCAUGUGGCUUGCAACCCAGGCAAAGAGCAUCAGUAUUGGCAGAAAGUUUGCGAAGAUAUAUUUCCAGAAUCAAGGAAAGAUGGUCCUGAAAACCUAACACAAGAGGAAGUCAGUAGGAUUGUUAGCCAUUGCUACAAUGACAUGCCCGCUGAAAUCCAGACUUGCUCACUGUAUUUGAGCAUAUUUCCCAAGGGCUGCAAAAUCAGCAGGAAACGCUUGACAAGGCGAUGGAUAGCCGAAGGUAUUGUCUGCGAGAAAGAUGGGCUGGGUGUAGAUGUUAUUGCAGAGACAUACUUCAAUCAUCUCAUCAGGAGGAAGAUCAUCCAACCAGUGGAGCACAACGGCAAUGGGAAGGUGAAGAAAUGUGUAGUUCACGACAUGGUUCUUGAGCUCAUUGUGAGAAAGGCAAGUGAAGAGAAUUUUAUCACUGUGGUUGGUGGUAAUUGGUUCAUGCAGCCGCCUAGUAGCAAGGUGCGUCGGCUGUCCAUACAAGACAGGGAUUUCAAACAUGCAAAGGAUACAGAGAAGAUGAACUUGUCCCAUGUCAGGUCACUAACCAUCUUCGGGAGCUUAAAGAAACAACUCUCUUCCCAUUCGUUCAAGUUUGGAAUUGUACAGGUCCUGGAUCUUGAAGGCUGCAAGGAUUUCAAACAGCACCAUAUAGUUGAGAUAUGUGAAAUGCUUCUUCUCAAGUAUCUCAGCCUUAGGAAAACUGACACCAAACAACUUCCUGAUAACAUUGGAAAGCUUAAGAACCUUGAGACGCUGGACAUUCGGGAGACAGAAGUUUUCGAGUUACCCAAAGCUGUAUGCCAGCUUCAAUGGUUGGUAAACAUACUUGGUGGGAAUAAAACCACACGGAAGGCAUUGAGGCUUCCUCGAAAUCUGAAGAAGAAAAUGAAGGCACUGCAGAUACUGUCAGGGAUUGAGAUUGUUGAGGGGUCAUCAGACCUUCGUCAUUUGACCAAGCUUAGGAAGCUUGCCAUCUACAAGCUCGAAACCAUGUUGAGUUCUAUGUGUUUAGAGGAGUUAAGGUCCUCUAUCGAGUAUCUAGGUGGCUGCUCUCUGCAAACCCUAAUAAUUGAUGAUGAGUCAUCUGAUUUUGUCAAAUCAAUGGAUGGUUUGACAUCCCCUCCAAGAUUCCUUGUUUCCCUUGAGUUGUCUGGCAAGAUGAUUAAGCUCCCCAAGUGGAUAAAAAAACUGAAUGUUCUCAACAAGUUAACCCUUUCACUGACAGCUCUCCGGACAGAUAACUUGAGGGACCUCAGUGAACUAGAUGCAUUGUUUUCUCUCACCUUCUGUUCUAGGGGUAAACAAGAGGACCAACAAACACUGGCCAUUGUGGCUGAAAAUAAGAUGUUCUCUAAAGGGGUGAUCACGGUGCUGGCUGGAGGAUUCAAGAGUCUAAAGCUUCUGUGCCUCUCUGGUGCUCUAUUACCUCUGCUGAGCUUUUCAAGUAAGGCUAUGCCAGAGCUGGAAAGGCUUGAGAUUCGGUACAGCAUGCUGGAGGGCAUUCUUGGUGUAAAAUACCUUGCAAAGCUGGAAGAGUUUCAUUUGACAUCGGACAACAAAGACAAUGAAGAUAUGAUGACCAAGGAGAUAGCAAGGGAGCUGGGUGUGUUGAGGAGAAUUGACGGCAAGGGGCCCAGGGUAAUCCUUCAUCAGGGACCGCUUGGGAUGAAGCCAAGUUCUGCAUGAAUCUUUAGUUUGGUGAGAGUUUGAGGAGCUGAAAAAGAAGAGGCAUGCGUAAGUGCAGUGGUGAAGAAAGGAGGACAAGGGAGGCAGGAGACACACAAGAGGCCCAGCCACAGAUAGUAGUGGCACAGCAAGCAGCGCGCGAAGCCAAAGUCUGGGCGAGUGUUUGUAGGUUCAGAGAUCCGUCACAACUGGUUUCUUCCUCCUCUGGUAUGUUUCACGCUACCAAACUUGCAUGAAUUUGGAUGAUGCUUCAUUCUCAGUGUGCAUCACAAGAGUGAUCAGAUACUAUAUUUACUGCUUUUGUGUGUGGAAUAAAUCUGAUGAUCAGCAGAGUGUAAUUUAU